AUGUCAAUUAAGUAUCAACAAGGACCAUUUUCACUGAGUAUAGGUGCCUUUUUGAAUGGUGUGCGUCCGGGAAAGCCCAAAUUCACUGAGAAAGAUUUCCCUACAUUAGACGGUAAAGUUGUUAUUGUUACUGGAGCUAGCGCAGGUGUAGGAUUUCAAGUAGUUAAGUUAUUGUUAGGAACUACUAAUGCCAAAGUAUAUCUCUUCACUAGAAAUAAAGAGAAGACAGAAACAGCUAUAAAGAAAUUGGAAACCGAAGUUGCUUCAGAGUAUAACAAGAAAAACCUUGAUGUUCACUAUAUUUUGGUAGAUUUAGGGGAUCUCGAGAGUAUUAAACCAGCUGCCGAACAAUUCUUAAGUCUUGAAAAUAGAUUGGACAUUGUCAUCCACAAUGCUGGUGUUAUGGUUCCACCUGUGGGGUCUAAGUCCAAACAAGGCUAUGAAUUGCAAUUAGGUACUAAUGAUCUUGGCCCUCAUUUAUUGCAAAAGUUCUUAGAUCCGCUUCUCAUAAAGACAUCUAAAACAAAUAAACCAGGCGAAACGAGAAUUGUUUGGGUUGCUUCGUUUGGACAUUAUAUGUCACCAAUUGGAGGAGUCCACUGGGAAGAUAUAAACUUCCUUAAAACAGAAGCUAGUCAAAUGCAGAAGUAUGGUCAAAGUAAAGCUAUUAAUAUCUUACAAGCUAAAGGAUGGAAUACAGCACACCCAGAUGGAUCCAAUAUUAUUAGUGUUUCAUUAUGUCCUGGAUUUUUAAACACCGAAUUACAAAGACACGGGCCACCAUCACAACGAUUUUUAAGUAACUUUUUACAUAAUUCAAAAUAUGGAGCCUAUACAGAGUUGUUUGCUGCCCUUUCACCAGAAGUUAAAACUGCAGAUCAUAUUCAGAGUUUUGGUAAAGUUACUAAAGCAAGAAAGGAUUUAUCGGAACCAAAGCACAUUCAAAAAGCUUGGGACUAUUUAGAGGAAAACGUCAAACCAUAUCUUUAG